AUAUAUAUACACACACACACACACACACACACACACACACACGGUUUAGCCCUUUAGCGUAUGUAUUAAUCACUUCUAUCAUUGAUUUUAACUCUCAGGAAUUCACAGGGAUAUACAGCUUUGGUGAUUGUGUUUUUUUGUUUGUUUUUUUUUUUGUUUUUUGUUAUUAUUUUGUGUGUCUUCCCUCAGCUCUUCCACACAAACUGACACUGUUUGUGCAAACCUCACAGUUUUAUGAUCGAGCUUGUCUCUGCCUUCCAGCACUGCAAUGUUGUGUGGAUUUUUACAGAUUUAGAGUACAGGUUUUUUAUGUACAUUGGUGGCUUCACCUAAAUAUUAUUUUUAUUGUUAUUAUUAUCAUCAUAUUUCAUUUAGGGAACAUGAACAGUUUUCUUUCUUGAUUAUGUACUUUAACAGCACACAUGGUGUUACAGUGACUACAUACGGUUUGUUCUGGUUGUAUCUCAGUCUCUUUCUUUUCCCACAUAUAUACAGUUUGCAUGUGUGUAUGGAUGUGUGCAGUAUAAUUACCAUCAUUAACACUUUCCAUAGGUUUCAAUUGGAUUUGCUCCUCUCUGUCGCCCUGUACCAAGUGUGGGCCUUUGUACUUCUUUUGUAAAAGAAAUAUUGAAAAGACUUCAGCAAUAACUAACAAGCAGGAAUUGUGUACUUCUAAAGCCAUUCUUUCAUUGUUGCUUAUAAAUUGUUUCAUUAAUGUUAUUUUUUAACUGCAGAAAUGUGAUAGUAAUGUUUGAAUUGAAACGUUUCCAAGUAUUUUAUUAUUACAAAAACUCUGGUAUUCUCUCUAUCGCCCUUUUUCUGGUUGAUUGGUGUUUUAAUAAUGGUUCAAUCAGGGUAUUUAGGAUUAAAAUGGAAUAAACGGUGAUCUACAUGUGAGAAUGUUCAAAAACAAAUUUUCAGUGUUUGUCUUGUUUGUGACAUUUUUAUUAGGACUGAAUGUUUGAUAACAAGCGCCAUAAUUGGUUUUUGUAAGAUUUUAGGAAGUUUUUGUGGCAUAAACAAUGGACAAAAUAAUUUUUUUUUAAAUGUGUGAAAUUAGUUGAAAUUUGAACCUUUUUUUUUUUGUUUUGUUUUUAAAGUUUAAGUGUAACCUUCACGUAUGAUGUAAUACUAUGUAUGUGUUGAUGUCCUGUUGAGAUCUUUAAAGACUGUGUCCUUUUUGUUGAAAACCUUAUGGGUUGCUCUGUAUCCAUUUUUUUUCUAAUUAUGUGAACUUUUGUCACUUAUAGAAACACAAAUAUAUAAAUAUACUGUAUAUGAAAUAUUAAAGAGAAAUAUUUGUUUUUUGUAUUAAAUUGUUGUGAAAAAUGAGGUGAGUUGUAAUUUACGAUGCAUACGUAGGUUUCAUGUAAAGUAGUGCUUCACAGCACCUGUGUAAUCCCUCUUGUUUCGGAUGGGUAUUUAACAGCGCACUCCACUGAUCACACUCAUGCAAGAAUCAUGGCGGUUUCCAGUGACAUCCACACAUGUAUUUGCUUCCUUGAAACAGUUUUAUGUUCUUAACUGGUGAAGAAACAAAAGCUAAGUUUGCUUUCAUUAGCCGGGAUCUGUUUUCUUUCCUCAUUCUGCGUCAGUGAAGGCGCAGACAUCUGUGCCUAUCGCCUGGGAUCAGAUUCUCCUCUCUGCUUGGGGCUGAACAUUGAAUGAGUUCAUUGUGGUUCUCGUCAGAGAGACACUGGCUGUGCCAUUUAUGUCCUGUUUAUCUCUGUCGCUUCCACUUUUCACUCCCAACCAGUCGAGGUAGAUGAACGUCCGCUGAGUGUCUGGUUCUGCUGCAGGUUUUGUUUUUAUGCUUGCAUAUAUUUCUGUAAGGGGCUGUACAGCGUUUGAUAAUAUUUUUACAACAGUUCUUAAUCAUAAAUUAAUAUCCAGAGCUAGAUUAAAUUGACUUCUAACUUCUGUAUGUGUAGUGGCAUCAGAAUACAGGCAAGCUACUUUUUUGCCAGGAUCAGUUUCCUACCCCUCUUAACUAGAUUGGCACAAAGGCAUCAUAUCCUCUUUCUCAACCUUUUUACUCGGUCUUGACCAUUCUGUCCACUUAUUUUUCUUCUUCUAUCACUUUUAUAAGGCAAACUAUGUUGAAACCUCUUCCCAUAUGUAUAAACUAAAAUUACUGUAUGAAAAUAUAUAGCGUAUGCAUUUAAGGCCUUUGGGGUAUUGGAGUAUGACUACGUCCUCCUCUGUCGUCAUGUAUGUACACCUUGUACUGACCAGGGAUCCUGUGACUCCAGUUAAGGUGUCAUCUUCUGUAAAGGUCUCCUCUCCCUGGACAGACCAGAGUGGCUCCUGAGUGUUCUAAUCUCAGGAACAACCUGACCGUUGCCAAACUCUUUAUUAACUAUUAAUAUAGGACACAGGUGCCAAAUGUGGCUCUGUGUGUCCAGUAGUCCACCUUAUCCUUGUGAGAACAGUAGGUGUCAAUGCAGGGAAGAAAAAAAGACUAGAACACGGAAGAUAUUUGUGAAAGUACUUUGAUGUUGCAAACCGAGGAACGGAGAACCCAUCUUUCUUUGCAGUUUGAGACUGUAUGGAUAUGGACCCACCAGUCCUCCCUGUGGCCAGGCUGGACAUAGACGUGGAUCUUGGUUUUGCCCUCUUCUUCUUCUUCCUCCUCUGCUUCUUCUUGUUGGUGACCAUAGUCCGCUGCGCUCAGAUGGUGCUGGACCCUUACAGUGCCAUCUCUGUCACCACAUACCAGGAGGAGCAAACAGAAGAAUGACGGUGGCAAGAGAGCAAAACAAAAUGAACUGUAGAGUUUUUGAGGCCAGUAUUAACUUUUUUAUUGUUCCUACUGAUCCAACAUUCUUUUUUUUUUUUUUACAAAAAAGGUGUCAAACAGCAGUAUCCAACUUCACGUGAUGUGAGUAUCUCAUUCAAAUGUUGAACAGUCAUAUAUAUCCUGUAUAAACAGUGAUUUAUAGAUGAGUCAAUCAUUUUGAAAUAUGUGAAUAUCAUAAUAAAUUAUAACAUGAACAUUACACUACUGUGCAAAAAUGUUGUGGCUUACUUAAUUUUGAAGUAAAUGUCUACAUAUUGGCCCCCUUAGUAACAAAACACAUGUUUUUAAGUUCUCAUUGAUUGAACUAUAAUUUGAAACAGAUG